AUGGAAACAGUAAAUCUAACCUCUGGCUUUGUCCUUCUGGGCUUCUCAGACUUCCACUACAAUCACGCUGCCUUCUUCUCCGCCAUUCUGGUCAUAUACACCCUCACAUGGACUUCUAACUUACUUUUACUAAGUUCUAUUAAACUUUCUCCGCAGUUGCACACACCAAUGUACUUUUUCUUAGGGAACCUGUCUGCGGUGGACAUCAUUUUCUCUACAGUGACGGUUCCCAAGCUUCUUUCCUGCAUUCUUCAUGGAAGAUCCUCCAUCUCCUUCCUUGGCUGUUUCCUGCAGCUGUUCUUCCUCAUAUUAAUGGGCACCACUGAGAGUUUUCUUCUGUCAGUCAUGGCAUUUGAUCGAUAUCUGGCUAUAUGUAACCCCUUACGCUACAUUUCAUUAAUGAGUGAUAAGGUUAUGGUCACGCUGACUAGUAUCUGUUGGAUUGCAGCUUCUCUACAUUCAUUAUUGUACACUUAUAUUGUCUCACAUUUAAAGUACUGUGAGAACAGACUGAUCCCCCACUUCGUCUGUGAUUUGAUACCCCUCAUCAAGCUGUCCUGCUCCAGUACUACACUAGCUGAGCUCCUAAUAUACACCGAAGCUCCUUUGGCUGGUAACAUUCCAUUCCUUUUAAUUUUCAUCUCCUAUGUGCUCAUUGGACGGGCUGCGGUAAAAAUGAAGACCAGCAGCAGCCGCAGCAAAGCCUUUUCCUCCUGUUCUUCUCAUCUCAUGGUUAUUUCCCUCUUCUAUGGUCCCAUCAUUUUCAUUUACUUCCGUCCUACAUCAGACCACUCCUCCCAGUAUGAUCGUAUUGUUAGCAUAGCUUACACCAUCAUUACACCUAUGCUAAAUUCUUUUAUUUACAGCCUAAGGAACCAAGAUGUGAAAAACAGUCUGAAAAAGGUCAUAAUUAAAUUAUUUUUUGACAGCUGAACAAAUAAAGUCCUCUGCCCAGUUCUGAUGAACUUGUGAACACACUAGACUCCAUUCAAAGGGCCAUUUUUCAGUCAUGUGACUGUAAUUUUCAAAUUGGAAAAUCCUUGGACUGUAAAUAGCUGUCACUUUUUGUGUGACAGUUAUUUGUCACACAAAAAAUGUCCCCAUAGUGGUGUGUUAUAUGAAUUGAGGUUACUGUCCAUUCUGAAGUUUGUUUAAUUUUAUUGAUUUUGAACUGAUCGCAAUAUACUGAACUGUAAGAUUUUGAACUGACCAGACUAAAGCUUUUCUGCCCACCCAUACA